GGCUGACUGGCCAACAACACAAACAGACCGAAAUUACUAUAUUUAUUGAGUUUGAUGUUCGUUUUCCUAUUGUCAUAUCGAUCUCAGACUGACACUCUCAGUCCAAUUUUUAUGUCAUUUCGAUCUCCAACCAAUUCAUAAUACAUUAUUCCCACUCUCACCUGGUUAAAUUGGUCAUUCUGUCAGUAUGGCAUCGCUUUGGGACAAAUUAAGGGAUCUAGAUGCAUAUCCAAAACCUCUAGAAGACUUCAGAAUAAAAACCUUCGGGGGUGGAGCUGUUACAAUUACGUCAACAAUAAUUAUGCUGCUUUUAUUUAUUUUCGAACUACGCGACUAUCUCACUCCCCAAAUCACAGAAGAGGUUUAUGUGGAUACUACAAGAUCAAUAUCUAAGUUAAGGAUAAACUUAGACAUUGUUUUCCCACGUGUGGCGUGUUCUUACCUUACAAUCGACGCCAUGGACAGCAGCGGAGAACAACAAAGUGGGAUUGAGCACUCCAUUUUCAAGCAGAGGCUUGAUACUGGGGGAGCCCCUAUUCAGAAUGAAACCCCCCAAAAAACGGAUGUCUUUGGUGACAGCAGCAUCGGAAAAAAACCUGGCGAUAGUCUUCACCCUCAAAAGGAUGAUGUCUCUAAAGAGCCAAGCAACGAGACAGGUCUUGCAAUAAAAUCAGAGUGUGGCAGUUGUUACGGAGCAGAAUCGACACUCUUCAAAUGUUGUAAUACAUGUGAAGAGGUUCGAGAAGCCUAUCGUCUUAAAGGUUGGGCUCUGUCGGACCCAGUGAAAAUAGAGCAGUGCAAGGGCAUGGUCGAAGAUAUGAAGGCAAUUUUUAAUGAGGGGUGUCGUUUAUACGGAUAUAUGGAAGUCAACCGAUGCUCUGGGAGUUUUCACGUCGCACCAGGAAAAAGUUUCACACUCAAUCAUGUCCACGUUCAUGAUGUGCAGCCAUUCUCGUCAUCUCAGUUUAAUAUGACACAUACUAUACAAAGUUUAAGUUUUGGAGAAGAAAUAGUAGGAAAAACGAACCCUGUGGACGGAAUUCAAGGAUUGGCUACGGAGGAGUCGACAAUGUUCCAGUAUUACUUAAAGAUUGUUCCAUUCACCUAUGACAAACCGGAUGGGCUUAUCUUUUCUAAUCAAUUUUCCACAACGAGACAUCAGAAGGUCGUAAGCUCAAUGUCCGGCGAAAGCGGAAUGCCUGGCGUUUUCUUCUCCUAUGAAAUAUCCCCAAUAAUGAUCAAAUAUUCCGAACAUGCAAAGUCUUUUGCACAUUUUGCAACAGGGUUGUUCGCGAUAGUUGGUGGAAUUUUUACCGUGGCCGGUAUUAUAGACUCUACAAUAUACAAGUCAGCAAAUGUGCUAAAAAAAUUGGAGAUUGGAAAACAGGGAUAAUUGAUUUAGAAAAUAAUGCAUUCAUGUUAUCAAAUAUUAUCAAUUAUAUAAUAUCAAGUCAUUACAACAUUUUGUUUUGGAGAUCGUGCACGCUAUAUGCAUAUGUGCAUAUUGGAGUCAUAUUAUGCGUAAAUUGUCUCUUGUUGUGAAACGCUUAAAUAUUACCGUGUGACACAUGUAAAAAUCACGUUUGUAUGUAACUUUAUAUUAAUCAAUUAAUUACAUAAUUAAAUGUAUUAAAUUAUAACGAGUGAUAUUUAAAA